GGAUAAUGGCAAGACGCUCGGCGAGGAAAAAAAGGCACCAACUUUUGUCUUUGAACGGACCUACCAUGAACCUGAUUCUCUCCAAUCAUUUUCCUUUUAUUUUUAAUUGUUUUGAAUCCACUCACUAUUUUGUUGGAAGAGGAAACAAAGAGUGAGGGAGAGAGAGAGAGAGAGAGAAAGAGAGUGGAAGAAGUUUCAUCUCUGAAAUCAAGAUCAUCAUCAUUCAUCACCAGACACAAGGGUUUUCAAUCAUUUGACAACGCCUUCCACUACUUUCAAACCCAUACCCUUUUUCUCCAAAGAAACCAAAACUUGUCUUUCACUUGCUCGAUCUUAUGUCUCUGAGAAUUCAUCGAGUAUCUUUAAAUUUCUAGCUUUAAGCCCAUACAUAUAUGUUCGAACCCGGUUCUGUCUCUCUGGUUAAUGCUUCGCGAGGUUGAGAUUCUUCAAAGUUCGGAUUUUUAUCACUUUCUUCUGUAUUAGUACUUUGCUUCAUCUUCACUUUUCCCCUUCCUCUUUUUCUUUUUCCUAGGGGUUUUUCUUGUUUCUGACAAAUAAAACCUUUUCUUUUCUCUCUGCUGGGAACUUACAAUAAUCAAUUAUCUGUCCUGAGUUUUAUGACAACUCAAGUUGUCUUCUUGUUCAGAGUUCUGUAAUUAAAUCCCUUAUAAUAAUGAUAAGUUUAGUGUUCUUUUCUCCCUGUUCCUAACUACCGUUCUACAUUGCUUUCAUUGAGUUGUCGUCGUCUCCAUUCCACUCCCACUUCCUCUUUGUUUAAUUUUUGUCUUCUGUCAGAAAUUGGAUCUCGCUCAGGUCAGCUAAGAAAAAAAAUGUUAAUUUCAGCUGAAAAAGAAGAGAUCUUGAUCUCUCAAUCUCCAGUUAGCUCAAUGUCAGUUCCUGAAUCUAUUGAAUCGCCACAACCUGUCCCUUUGGUCUACACCGAUGUAAAUGUUGUUCCGGAGCAUGAAAGAAAUGAACUUGAGAAGUCAAUAUCAAGCCUCGAAGGGGAAGUUUUGGCAUUGAAGUUGAAGCUCAAGUCAUUGGAUGCAAAAAGAAAGGAAGUUCUGAAUAAGAUUAUAGACACUAAAGGAAGUAUACGUGUGUUCUGUAGAGUUAGGCCUUUUCUACUGACCGAAAGAAGACCGAUUAGAGAACCUGUUUCGUUUGGACCAGACAAUGUCGUUGUUAGAUCUGGUGGAGCUCGAAAGGAAUUUGAGUUUGAUAAAGUUUUCCAUCAAUCAGCAACUCAAGAAGACGUUUUCGGAGAAGUAAAACCGAUUCUUAGAUCUGCCCUUGAUGGUCACAAUGUAUGUGUUUUGGCAUAUGGUCAAACCGGGACAGGAAAGACUUUCACCAUGGAUGGCACAAACGAGCAACCAGGUCUUGCUCCUAGAGCUAUUGAAGAGCUUUUCAAUGAAGCUUCAAUGGAUCAUACACAUUCUGUGACUUUUACGAUGAGUAUGUUGGAAAUCUACAUGGGUAACCUGAAAGAUCUCUUGUCUGCAAGACAGCCUUUGAGGUCAAAUGAAGCCUCAACUAAAUGCAACCUCAAUAUUCAAGUAGACUCAAAGGGUUGUGUAGAAAUUGAGGGUUUGACUGAAGUGGAAGUACAUGAUUUUACAAAGGCUAGAUGGUGGUACAACAAAGGAAGACGAGUCAGAUCUACUUCUUGGACAAAUGUGAAUGAAGCUUCGAGCAGAUCUCAUUGUUUAACAAGGAUUACGAUCUUUCGUCGUGGGGAUGCUGUGGGCUCAAAAACUGAAGUUAGCAAGCUUUGGAUGAUAGAUCUCGGAGGAAGCGAGAGGCUCUUGAAAACCGGGGCAAUAGGGCAAACUCUGGAUGAAGGAAGAAACAGCAAGCUAACUCAAAUCCUUAAAGAUUCUCUAGGUACUAGAUCGAAGGUUCUGAUGCUUGUGCACAUAAGUCCACGUGAUGAAGAUGCCGGUGAAACAAUUUGCUCUCUUAGUUUUACAAAACGUGCGAGAGCCGUAGAGUCUAACAGAGGAUUAACAGAAGAACUUCGAAAGCUAAGAGAAAAGAAAAUAUCGGAACUUGAUGAAGAAAUGCGAGACACUCAAGAAACUUACAAGAAGAUCGGAGGGCGUUUACAGGAAGCUGAGUGCUUGCUUAGUGAAAACAAGAAACUCUUGAGGGCCACUGAUGAUAGUUAUCAAGAAGACAUGGAAAAGAAAGUUCUUUCGCCUUUAGAUCAUCUGAAAGAGACCGAUGCAACCCCAAAAUCAUCUGAUAAACAUGUCAGAAUAAGCAAGAGUUCUGGGUUUGUCCCACGUUUCAUGACUGCAACUGUCGCUAGUCGCCUGAGACAAACAAUGUCAGAGAAGGAAAUCAAUGCAAAGCGUCAGAGCGUACGAUCAGUGGCUAAAACUCUUACUCAGCUCUCCACUUCUGAGUCUCUUAGCCUCUCUGACUCACGUAGCAGAGGUCUCCUUCGAAGAUCAUACACGAAGCCGCUUCAAGCUGCAGCUAACAGUGAAACACCAGAAACGCCUAAAAGAAGGGAUAUCAAAGAUGCUUCUUUACAGAAAAAGAAUAUCAAUGAUACUUCUUUGCCAAGGAGCAAAAUGGUUACUUCGUCAGAUCCAAACGUGAGAGCUAAGCUGUGUCACCACAGAAGAAGAAUGUCAAGCUUGACAUGAUCUAACAGUGAUCAAACAAGAAAACAGGUCUUUCUUCUUUCUUUUAUAUGUCUCGGCGGAGUUUUGGUUUGAGACCCGAGUAGGUUGCGAUUUUGGGACCAUUUGCACUUGUGGAUGUUGCAGUUCUGGUUUUAAAAGGACACAGCCCUCAAGUUACUUUUUCUUUUCUUACAUCUGAGAGCUUGCCUAUAUAUAUUUUGUUUGUGACUGUUCCUAAAAUCUUUUUUUGGUUUGGUGUUAGCUUUGAUGUUGUUGGAUGUUCACAGAAUCUGGAUCGUAAUUAAUAUUCCAGAUUCUAUCUUCUUUGAGGGUUUCAAAGAGAGAAGUGUGAAACUGUUUUAGAGGGUUUUGAUUUGUAAUCAUUUGAAGUUCCUAAUGACACACAAUAUUGUUGUGGAUGUGACACAAUAUCUUAUUCUUUCUGUAACAAGUCUUUAUUUAUAUACUAUUUGGAUAAUUGUAUUUCUUUUA